AUGACUAUGAAAUGCUUUCUUGUUAUUUUACCUUUGUUGGUCUUGUAUUGGAUUGUUUCAAACCGGAAAAGGUCCGGCCCGUUAACAAACCCACACUACAAAGAAUGUUUGCGAAAGGAAUGGUACACCAGCCCAAAUGUUAGUUCCACCGAGGAUUUUGGGUCUAGCUACCAAAUAUCCUUCGCCGAUGUUCAAAAAACAUUCAAAUGGCUUUACCUCCCAGAAAUUGAUGAUCCAGAGAUUAUCUUAACAGUUAUGACUAGAGUGGAUGCACUGGCAAGAAGAAAUGUGUUACGGAAGACUUGGAUGACUCAGAGAAAUCGGAUAAAGUCGAUAUUCGUGAUUGGGUUAGGAGGUGAUGUCGACCAGAAAACGAAAGAAUUAGUGAUGAGCGAAGCCGCGCUUUACGGGGAUAUGGUGGUGACAAAUAUUGAGGAUUCUUUUUCUAAAGUCGCAUUUAAGAUGCUAUCAAUGCUGCUCUACGGUUUCUCCAAGGUCCCAUCGGCAAAAUUCAUUGGAAAAGUUGAUGAUGACGUGCUUUUCUACCCAAACGUACUUUUAUCUUACAUGGAUAACAACACUGACACAAUACAUCCACAAGGCUCAAGAAUGUACGGACACAUUACUGAAACCCGUUUCAUCACGGCGGGUAUACCAACGGGAGCAGAGUGUUGUGAAAAGUUUGAUUCAGACUCAAAAUGUGCGAACUAUGUAACUUUUCUUGGAGGCUCGUUUCUUAUGUUUACACGACAGGCGGUAGAAGGCGUGCUCAUGGCUUCGAAGCACAGGAAGUUCCACAGAAUCGACGACACAAUGGUCACUGGCUACCUUGCUGAUGACGUUGGAGCUCAGCGAGUAAACAUGACAAUGAUGUUUAUGGGAUAUGAACCGACAAAGGAGCCAAUAUUGUUCUCAUCACAUAUUCCGCUGAAGGAUCACGAGUAUUUGGAGCAGUAUAGAAUCCAAAUGGCGGAUUUUAAAGAGCAGCGGUUAUUCACAAAAUAUAUUGGGGAAUAA